AUGCCUAAAACAAACCCGGAUUAUACCUUGAUUGCUAAACAUGGCAAACGUGGUGAUAACAAUAGGGACAGUGAUUGUGAUGAUCACAAACAUAUUGAUAAAAAGCUAGAACUGGAUGAAGAGGACUCGACUCUAACCACGUGCGGAUUUGGCCGGUGGCGGCCCCGUUGGCUACAGGUGUUCGCCACACCCGUAUGGUUUACCCUCAACUUUGGGCUCAUAGGUAUUAUACACGGCAUGAUUGGCACAUAUUUUAUCGGAUGUAUGGGUGAUCUCGAGAAGAGGUUUGCCUUUGACUCGAAAAUAUCGGGUGUUAUAUUAAUUGCUGAUAAUGUCGUUCAGAUACUGGUGAGUUCGCUGGUUGGUUACUUAGGCGACAGACACAAUCGGCCAAUGAUGAUCAUGAUUGGUGAGCUGAUACUGGCCCUGUCCUGCGCUAUAAACGCCGCCCCGUACUUCAUAUACGGCGCCGGCACACACCUAUUGCACGACGAUAAACUACUUUCUACCACGAGCCUUAUGAAUAGCACCAAACAAUACGAAAUGUGUACCUCGGUCAAUAGUACGAUGAGUAAUCUGGAUGAAUGUACACCCGGUUCACACUCAACUAUAUGGCCGGCUGUAAUUACCCUGAUAAUUGGCAGCGCUUUCCGUGGCAUUGGCUACACUACCUAUUGGGUAAUUGGUGUACCCUUUUUGGAUGAUAGCGUGACCAAGGACAGUUCACCAGUUUACAUGUCGUUGGCUAGUGUGUUCAGAUUGAUUGGCCCGUUUGGGGGCUUAUUUUUGUCCGCGUUCACUUUGAGAUAUUACGAAAAUCCAUUUUAUAACCCGGGCAUCGGUCGCCGUGAUCCCAGAUUUAUAGGCGCAUGGUGGGUUGGCUUUUUAAUGAUCGGGGUCGCCCUAUUCCUGGUCAGUUUACCCAUGUGUUUGUUUCCCACACAACUUAAGUCGGCAUCAGUUAAAGUGAAUCGCAAAAGCCGUGGCAACGGAUUUAAAGCCAUGUGGCCAGUGUUCAAGCGAUUGGCCAAAAAUGCGGUGUUUAUGUUUCACACGUUUGGCGGUGUAUUUCGGUACAUGGGUUUGGCCGGGUAUACCAUUAGCCAGACCAAGUACGUACGGGCGCAGUUUCAUUUGUCCAGCUCACGGGCCAGUCUGGUCACUGGUGUGACGUCCAUAUUCCCGCUGGUGUUCGGUAUAGUGUUGGGCGGGUAUGGUAUCAAAUGGUUUAAACCCCGGCCCCUAACACUAGUCCUGUUAAUGUUUGCCGUCGAGUGGUUCGCAAACGGCGGUAUAUUUACCGCGAUGUUUAUGGACUGCCCGGCCGUACAGCUCCCGACCCAACCGUCCGCUGAU